AUGGAUGCCCGGCCCGUGACAAACGCGCCCACAAUCCCAAAGGAUACUCCCAAAAAGAAGUUCCGCAUCUUGAUGCUCCACGGCUACACACAAAGUGGUCAGCUUUUUGCCCUCAAGACCGCCGCGCUCUACAAAGCGUUUGCCAAGGCCUUCAAGCCCUUAGGCCUCGAGGUUGUGCUGAUCUACCCGACGGGGCCCAUCAGCAUCGACCCCAGUCUCGAGCAGUACGCCUGGUACCGCAAGAACGACCACACCGGUGAGUACGAGGGCCUGGACAAAGGCAUGGACCACAUCGCCGAGGUGUUCCGGGAAGCACGGAGGGAGACGCGCGAGGAGGAAGGUAAUGAGGACGGCGGGGUCGAUUGCGUGCUCGGCUUCAGCCAGGGCGCGUCCAUGGCGGCGAUGCUGGCCGCUGCCCUCGAGAGCGGGCGAAAACCGCCAGCCGCCGCCGAACCCAAGCACCAGGGCUGGCUGGAUAACGUGCGCGAGGCCAACGGCCACCGCCCGCUCAAGCUUGCCGUCCUGUACGGCGGCUUCGUCGCCGCGCCGCCCGAGUUGGAGUGGCUGUACAACCCCGAGAUUGUCACGCCCACCUUCCAUGUCAUAGGAAGCCUAGACACGAUCGUGGUCGAGGAGAUAUCCCGGAAGCUGGCCGCGAAGUGCAAGGACGCCCAAACCAUGAUGCAUCCCGGUGGGCACUACGUGCCCGUCGGCAAGUGGUUCAUGCCGGUGUUGCAGUUCAUCUUGACCGUAGGGUCUCCGAAAGCCACUCUUUGA